UCCUCCAUUCCUUUGUCCUAGUGAUGGAUGCAUAGAGGGAGGUUGCAUGAACUUUUGUUACCGCCCACUUGCACUUGUUACUGUUGGAGGCUGAAUUGCCACGGGAGACCCCAAACUAUCUGUGCCUGGCAUCGCCAUCGCAAUGGGAAGUAGCCUGCCGUUCGUCUAUUUGCUUGCCUUAGUCAUUUUCCAAGAGGUGUGUGGCUUAAAGAUUCAGAACAAGCUGCUGGGUAAAUGUCUGCAGGUGCACGAAGGAACUUUGGGAGGCAGAGUAUCUUUGGGUGACUGCAGCCCAUAUUUGGCCCUACAAGAAUGGCGUUGGCUACCAGAGAGCCAAGCUCUCAGCAAUCACCACACUGGGGAGUGUCUGACUGCACCAGGAGAGCAGUAUGAAGGUGUCCUCCUGCAGCGCUGCGUCUUUCUGGCUGGAAGUGACGAGUCUGAUGCCGGAGUGGCAUGGGUGGGUACAGGCAGAGGGGCAAGCAGCCAGGCAUGGUCCUGUUCCAAAAAAGGACACCUCACUUUGAUAGGAAGGGGGCUACAUCUUAGUGCCACACAAGAAUCUACUUUGGUCUUCCUUUCGAGGGAACAUAAGCAGCCUGGCAGCAGGUGGCGGACACUUGACAACGAGACACUAUGCAACGGGAGAGCCAGCAAACAUAACCAACACCAAUCUCAUCACCAUCUGGGUAAAUCUUUGGAACCUGGGAUUUUUCCAAGUGCCAUCUCUGAUAUACAAAGACAGGCGGAUCAAUUUGGAGGCAUUAUGGCCGGGGAGGUUACAGAAGCAUACCCAGUAAUGGAUGUGCCUUUUUGGGCCCUUAGCACCAAAUCACCUGCAGAACCCGCCAUGAUUUUCUUCCGUACGGACUACGGGAUGGGCUGGAAGAUAACCAUGCUGGUACUAAGCUCUUUGGCUCUGGUCCUGGGGACUGUGAUUCUUAUCCUCAGUGCUUACGCCAAUAGGAGGAAGAAGGUGGUGUGUGUUUUGAAGUCAUACACUCCGAGGCCAGAGGUGAGUGUUCCUGGGUCCCCAGCAGCCAGUGAAAGAGCCCCGUUGACAGAGCAUGCCAUGCGCCUCCCCCACUCCUCCCCCACUUUACAACGAGGAGAAAUCCUGAUUGAGUGGAAAGAUGGGACUGUCACUCCUCUUUACGAGGCCUGAAGGCUGUACUGUAUCUUUGAACAUAGGUGUGUUUAUGCAAGCACGCAUGGUUUCUUGGGCAAGGUUAUGUGUGUCUAAUGGAGGACAAAAGGCCAAAUAAGUUUUUUUGUUGUUUCUGUUGGCAUAGAAAUGACAGUAAUCAAAUGGUUUCAUAAAAGGGAAAGUUCAUGGAUCAGUAUCAGACCUUUUCUGUAAGACUUAGCUGCCACGGGAAGAUGAAUGCUGUUGUGAAGCGGCCAGAAUAGAAAAGGUUGAGUAUGUAGGAUCAUAAGUUUUCCAAAAUACUGAGUCCUGAUUUGUGCUGUUUGAGCUUUGAGGUAGUGUUUGUUGGAUGAAAAGACAAAAAAAAAAAAAAGUAGAGUAAUACAAAUAGGAAUUGAGUCAUUGUUUUUUGACUUUAUAUAGGGAAAAUUCAAGGGCUCAACAAUGUACACAAUAGCUUAGGCUUUUAUUUAGAUGAAUACUAAGGAACCUAAUUUUUGUUUGGUCUAAACUAUCAUCUAGCCCCAAUUUCUCAAGGCAGUGUUGUGCUGUGGGAUUAGCUCAGAUAUCUCUUUAGAUAGACAUUUUUUGAAUGUCUGCAUGCAUUUUUGACAUGGUUUAUCUGUCAUUUAACAUGAUGUCUUACAACAUACCACAAUAUACAUUGGCUCCUGAGACCCCGCACCCUUAAUGGUAAUUAGCGCCUACCAAGAGCCUGGGUCUGUCCGAGGUUUCUCCCUAAAAGGAUGUUUUUCCACACCACUGUCGCACUAAAUGCUUUCUCUUGGGGGAAUUACUGGAAUUGUUGGGUCUUUGUAAAUUAUAGAGUGUGGUGUAGACCUACUCUAUGUGUAAAGUGUCUUGAGAUAACUCUUGUUCCAAUUUGAUACUAAAAAUAAAGUUGAAUCACUGUUCUUGCUAUUUUAGGAUAAUACAAUUGUGUUGCAGCUUUGAUGUGUUGCAAGAAACACUGAUUGAUGAAAGUUGUUCUCCUAACAUUAUUCUGUAUUAUUUAGGGUGUACUCUAUGUAAUAACUAUAUAAAGCAGUUAAGAUAUACGUAGGACAUGUCUGUAGUCUGACUGACACAGUAUAUUUCAUUACUGUAAUGCACUUUGCUUGGUACUGACAUUACAUAAACAUUUAUUAAUUAAAAAUUGUUAAUAGAGACAGUGCUUAUAACCAACCUGGACCUAUUAAAUCUCCUUGGAAACAGCAGUUGACGAAACAAUCUUCCCUUAAGGUCCACUUGAGCUUUUAACCUUGAUGUUUGAACUCUUUCCAUUUUGGGACCUCUGUCUUAACAUUUCACUGAGAAGCCGUGUGAUAUUUUAUCCAGAACCUCCAGUGGAGAUUGUUUUGUUAACUAUCAGUAUUAACUUUUUGCAUUUGUAUGUGGCAUCUUGAUAAUCCACAAAUGUGUGCAGUGUGUUAGUCUUUUAACAAAAAAAGUAUUUUCAUACUAUGUACUAGCAAAUAAAAUUGGACAUACACUGUGUAUAUAUAUAUAUAUACUGUAUAUACACACACACACACAGUUGACUUGUACUGUUUUUAUUAUCAUGAUCAGGCUUGCAGAGAACAUGACAUUCCCUGUGGCACGGAAACCUCCCAAUGGGAAGAACCUGUUUACAACAGAAAACCAAA